GAGCGGGACGGGGAGGGGAGAGCGGAGUUGUUGGAAGGAGCCGCGGGAACCCCAGCAGCCCCACAACAUGGCCUCCUCCGCCGCCUCCUCUCUCGCGGGCGCCGAGAGCACCCCUCCUGCGCAGGAUGACUUUGGAUCCUGUAAUUCACGAAGCUCUCGAAAGUCGGAUGCCAAUGCAAGUUACUUAAGAGCAGCUAGAGCUGGACACCUAGAAAAGGCCCUUGACUACAUAAAAAAUGGAGUUGACAUCAACAUUUGCAAUCAGAAUGGGUUGAACGCUCUCCAUCUUGCCUCUAAAGAAGGCCAUGUCGAAGUUGUCUCUGAACUGCUCCAGAGGGAAGCCAAUGUGGACGCAGCUACAAAGAAAGGGAACACAGCAUUGCACAUCGCAUCUUUGGCUGGGCAAGCAGAGGUGGUGAAAGUCUUGGUUACAAAUGGAGCCAAUGUCAACGCACAGUCCCAGAAUGGUUUCACACCAUUAUACAUGGCAGCCCAGGAAAACCACCUGGAAGUUGUCAAGUUUCUUCUGGACAAUGGUGCAAGCCAGAGCCUAGCCACAGAGGACGGCUUCACACCAUUGGCAGUAGCUUUGCAACAAGGUCACGACCAAGUAGUUUCACUGCUGCUAGAAAAUGACACAAAAGGAAAAGUGCGCCUUCCGGCUCUUCACAUUGCUGCCCGAAAGGAUGACACGAAAGCCGCUGCCCUACUGCUGCAGAAUGACAACAAUGCAGAUGUGGAAUCUAAGAGUGGCUUCACUCCGCUCCACAUAGCUGCUCACUAUGGAAAUAUCAAUGUAGCCACGUUGCUGUUAAACCGAGCUGCUUCUGUGGAUUUCACUGCAAGGAAUGACAUCACUCCUUUACAUGUUGCGUCAAAAAGAGGAAAUGCAAAUAUGGUCAAACUACUGCUUGAUCGAGGAGCGAAAAUUGAUGCCAAAACCAGGGACGGCCUGACGCCGCUGCACUGUGGAGCAAGGAGCGGCCAUGAGCAGGUGGUGGAGAUGCUGCUUGAUCGAGCUGCCCCCAUUCUUUCCAAAACUAAGAACGGACUGUCUCCAUUGCACAUGGCCACACAAGGGGAUCAUUUAAACUGCGUCCAACUUCUCCUCCAGCAUAACGUGCCCGUGGACGACGUCACUAAUGACUAUCUGACGGCCCUACACGUGGCUGCCCACUGCGGCCACUAUAAAGUCGCCAAGGUUCUCUUGGAUAAGAAAGCUAACCCCAACGCCAAAGCCCUGAAUGGCUUUACCCCUCUUCAUAUUGCCUGUAAGAAGAAUCGAAUUAAAGUAAUGGAACUCCUUCUGAAACACGGUGCAUCUAUCCAAGCUGUAACCGAGUCGGGCCUUACUCCAAUCCAUGUUGCUGCCUUUAUGGGCCAUGUAAAUAUUGUAUCACAACUAAUGCAUCAUGGAGCCUCACCGAACACCACCAAUGUGAGAGGAGAAACAGCACUACACAUGGCAGCUCGCUCCGGCCAAGCCGAGGUCGUGCGGUAUCUGGUCCAGGACGGCGCUCAGGUGGAAGCUAAAGCGAAGGAUGACCAAACCCCACUCCACAUUUCAGCCCGACUGGGGAAGGCAGAUAUAGUACAACAGCUGCUGCAGCAAGGAGCAUCCCCCAAUGCCGCCACGACAUCUGGGUACACCCCGCUUCACCUUUCAGCCAGAGAGGGGCACGAGGACGUAGCUGCAUUCCUGUUGGAUCAUGGAGCCUCUUUAUCUAUAACAACAAAGAAAGGAUUUACUCCCCUACAUGUGGCAGCAAAAUAUGGAAAGCUUGAAGUAGCCAAUCUCCUACUACAGAAAAGCGCCUCUCCAGAUGCAGCUGGGAAGAGCGGGCUAACUCCACUGCAUGUAGCUGCACAUUACGAUAAUCAGAAAGUGGCACUUCUGCUGUUGGACCAAGGAGCCUCACCUCACGCGGCCGCAAAGAAUGGUUAUACGCCGCUGCACAUCGCUGCCAAAAAGAACCAGAUGGACAUAGCGACAACUCUGCUGGAAUAUGGUGCUGAUGCAGACGCAGUUACCCGGCAAGGAAUUGCUUCUGCCCAUCUCGCAGCUCAGGAAGGGCACGUGGACAUGGUGUCACUGCUCCUCAGCAGAAACGCUAAUGUGAACUUGAGCAAUAAGAGUGGCCUGACCCCACUCCACUUGGCUGCUCAAGAAGACAGAGUGAACGUGGCUGAAGUCCUCGUAAACCAAGGAGCCCAUGUGGACGCCCAGACAAAGAUGGGAUACACACCACUCCAUGUGGGCUGCCACUAUGGAAACAUCAAGAUCGUUAAUUUCCUGCUCCAGCAUUCUGCAAAAGUUAAUGCCAAAACAAAGAAUGGGUACACGCCACUACACCAAGCAGCUCAACAGGGACACACACACAUAAUCAAUGUCCUGCUUCAAAACAACGCCUCCCCCAACGAACUCACUGUGAAUGGGAAUACCGCACUUGGCAUUGCCCGGCGCCUUGGCUACAUCUCGGUGGUUGAUACUCUGAAAGUAGUGACGGAAGAGACCCUCACCACGACUACCGUCACGGAGAAGCACAAAAUGAAUGUUCCAGAAACGAUGAAUGAAGUUCUGGAUAUGUCGGAUGAUGAAGUUCGUAAAGCCAAUGCCCCUGAAAUGCUCAGUGAUGGUGAAUAUAUCUCAGAUGUUGAAGAAGGUGAUAGAGGCACAUGGCACAAAAUCCCCAAGGUACAAGAGUUUACAGUAAAAAGUGAAGACGCAGUGACGGGGGACACGGACAAAUAUCUCGGGCCACAGGACCUCAAGGAACUGGGCGACGAUUCCCUGCCCGCAGAGGGUUACAUGGGCUUCAGCCUUGGGGCUCGUUCUGCCAGCCUCCGCUCCUUCAGUUCGGAUAGGUCUUACACCUUAAACAGAAGCUCCUAUGCACGGGACAGCAUGAUGAUUGAAGAACUCCUGGUGCCGUCCAAAGAGCAGCAUCUAACAUUCCCAAGAGAAUUUGAUUCAGAUUCUCUUAGACACUACAGCUGGGCUGCAGAUACCUUGGACAAUGUCAAUCUUGUAUCAAGCCCUGUUCAUUCUGGGUUUCUGGUUAGCUUUAUGGUGGAUGCGAGAGGUGGCUCCAUGCGAGGAAGUCGGCAUCAUGGGAUGAGAAUCAUCAUUCCUCCACGCAAGUGUACGGCCCCCACCCGCAUCACGUGCCGUUUGGUAAAGAGACAUAAGCUGGCCAACCCACCCCCCAUGGUGGAAGGAGAGGGAUUAGCCAGUAGGCUGGUAGAAAUGGGUCCUGCAGGGGCACAAUUUUUAGGCCCUGUCAUAGUGGAAAUCCCUCACUUUGGGUCUAUGAGAGGAAAGGAGAGAGAACUCAUUGUUCUUCGAAGUGAAAAUGGUGAAACGUGGAAGGAGCAUCAGUUUGACAAUAAAAAUGAAGAUUUAACCGAAUUACUGAACGGCAUGGAUGAAGAACUCGAUAGCCCAGAAGAGUUGGGGAAAAAGCGAAUCUGCAGGAUUAUCACCAAGGACUUCCCCCAGUACUUUGCGGUGGUUUCACGGAUUAAGCAGGAAAGCAACCAGAUCGGGCCUGAGGGUGGAAUCCUGAGCAGCACCACAGUGCCCCUCGUCCAGGCGUCCUUCCCGGAAGGUGCCUUGACCAAACGAAUUCGAGUGGGCCUCCAGGCUCAGCCUGUUCCAGAUGAAAUUGUGAAAAAGAUCCUUGGAAACAAAGCAACAUUUAGCCCAAUUGUCACUGUGGAACCAAGAAGAAGAAAAUUCCAUAAACCAAUCACAAUGACCAUUCCGGUGCCCCCGCCCUCAGGAGAAGGGGUAUCCAAUGGAUACCAAGGGGACACCACGCCCAAUCUGCGCCUUCUCUGUAGCAUUACAGGGGGCACCUCACCCGCUCAGUGGGAAGACAUCACAGGAACGACUCCUCUGACGUUUAUAAAGGACUGUGUCUCUUUCACAACCAAUGUUUCAGCCAGGUUUUGGCUUGCAGACUGCCAUCAGGUUUUAGAAACUGUUGGGUUAGCCACGCAACUGUAUAGAGAGUUAAUAUGUGUUCCAUAUAUGGCCAAGUUUGUUGUUUUUGCCAAAAUGAAUGAUCCUGUAGAAUCCUCCCUGCGGUGUUUCUGUAUGACAGAUGACAAAGUGGACAAAACUUUGGAGCAGCAAGAGAAUUUUGAGGAAGUUGCAAGAAGCAAAGAUAUUGAGGUUCUAGAAGGAAAACCUAUUUAUGUUGAUUGUUAUGGGAAUCUGGCCCCACUUACCAAAGGAGGACAGCAACUUGUUUUUAACUUUUAUGCUUUCAAGGAAAAUAGACUGCCAUUUUCCAUCAAGAUUAGAGACACCAGCCAAGAGCCCUGUGGUCGUCUGUCUUUUCUGAAAGAACCAAAGACAACCAAAGGACUGCCUCAAACUGCUGUCUGCAACUUAAAUAUCACUCUGCCAGCACAUAAAAAGACCGAGAAAGCAGAUAGACGACAGAGCUUUGCAUCAUUAGCUUUACGUAAGCGCUACAGCUACUUGACUGAGCCGGGAAUGAGUCCACAGAGUCCAUGUGAACGGACAGAUAUCAGGAUGGCAAUAGUAGCCGAUCACCUGGGACUUAGUUGGACAGAACUGGCAAGGGAACUGAAUUUUUCAGUGGAUGAAAUCAAUCAAAUACGUGUGGAAAAUCCAAAUUCUUUAAUUUCUCAAAGCUUCAUGUUAUUAAAAAAAUGGGUUACCAGAGACGGAAAAAAUGCUACAACUGAUGCCUUAACUUCGGUCUUGACAAAAAUUAAUCGAAUAGAUAUAGUGACUCUGCUAGAAGGACCAAUAUUUGAUUAUGGAAAUAUUUCAGGCACCAGAAGUUUUGCAGAUGAGAACAAUGUUUUCCAUGACCCUGUUGAUGGUUAUCCUUCCCUUCAAGUGGAACUGGAGACCCCCACAGGGUUGCACUACACACCACCCACCCCUUUCCAGCAAGACGAUUAUUUUAGUGAUAUCUCUAGCAUAGAGUCUCCCCUUAGAACCCCCAGUAGACUGAGUGAUGGGCUAGCGCCUUCCCAGGGAAACCUAGAGCAUUCAGCAGCCGGACCUCCCGUGGUAACUGCGGAAGAUACUUCCUUAGAAGACAGCAAACUGGAAGACUCAGUGCCUUUAACAGAAAUGCCCGAAGCAGUGGAUGUAGAUGAGAGCCAGUUGGAAGAUGUGUGUCUGAGUGAGUAUCCUCAAUACCUCGGAAGUUUGGCUGGGGUCCCAAAAGAUGCUAAAUCAGCAGAGCCUUUGAAACAGACUAGGAAAGUAGGAGUAAGUGCUGAGCAGCAGGCAGAAGGAAAAUCUGGUCCUGAUGAGGAGAUGAUGGAAGAGAAAUUAAAGUCUCUGUUUGAGGACGUUCAACUCGAAGAAGGAGUAGAAUCUGAGGAGAUGACAGAAGAAAAAGUACAGGCUGUUCUUAAACGUGUUCAGCAAGCAGAACUGGAAAUGUCUUCAAUUACAGGUUGGCAGAACGAGACAUCCAGCGGAAACCUAGAAUCCCCUGGCCAAGCUCGAAGAAUAACUGGUGGGUUACUGGACCGACUGGAUGACAGCCCUGACCAGUGUAGAGAUUCCAUUACCUCAUAUCUCAAAGGAGAACCUGGAAAAUUUGAAGCAAAUGGAAACCAUGCAGAAGUCACUCCAGAUGCAAAGACAAAAACCUACUUUCCAGAAUCACAAAAUGAUAUAGGAAAACAGAGUGUUAAAGAAACUCUGAAACCAAAAACACAAGGGUCUGGUCGUGUUGAGGAACCAGCAUCACCACUAGCAGCAUAUCAGAAAUCUCUGGAAGAAACCAGCAAGCUUGUCAUCGAAGAGCCUAAACCCUGUGUGCCUGUCAGUAUGAAAAAGAUGAGUAGGACUUCUCCUGCAGAUGGCAGGCCAAGGCUCAAUCUCCAUGAAGAAGAGGGGUCCAGUGGGUCUGAGCAAAAGGUCAAAAGUCCGGGUGCAGCUCUUACACGGAUCACUGCCUGCUGUUACAAGGACUUGAAAAACAGUGAAAGUGAUUCAAGCUCAGAGGAAGAACGGAGAGUCACUACCCGAGUUAUUCGCCGGCGUUUGAUUAUAAAGGGGGAGGAAGCAAAAAAUAUUCCUGGUGAAUCUGUCACAGAAGAACAAUUUACUGAUGAAGAAGGCAACCUCAUCACCCGAAAAAUCACUCGGACAGUAAUAAGACGAAUGGUUCUCCCACAAGAGAGAAAACAUGAUGUGGGAGAAGGUUAUAAGGUGAAAACGAAGAAAGAAAUCCGGCAUGUGGAAAAGAAGAGCCACUCAUAACAGUAAACAGUCAGUCAAGGAUCCUGUGUUUUUACUGCCAGUCUUGAGAAAUUCAUGGAAGAUACAUCAGCAGAAA